UUUUUGUUUAUGUUUCAUUGUGUAUAUUGUGUUUCAUGUUUUUGCUCGCCGGCCACGAGUUUAGGUGUAACUUAAGUAUCAUUUUCCCUUUGAUUUUGUAAAAAAAAAUUGAAAAAACAGGCGCAAGUCUCUUCAGUUUUCAUUUUAUCUAAAAAAUUUGCUAUUUAUUCACAAUGAAUAUCGAAGAAGAGGUUCUACGAAUCAAGGAUAAGAUUUCUAAAAUGUCGAAUGUCGGUACAAUGUGCCGAGAUGAAGCAUUGGAUCUGCUUCGAACUUUAAGGACGAUGCCAGUAACGGUGGAAGUUUUGACGGAAACCAGAAUUGGUUUGGCAGUGAACACUUUUAGAAAAUCGAGCCUGGAUGAUGAAGUUAUAUGUUUAGCCAAGGAGGUCUUAAGGGAUUGGAAGAAGCUUAUACCAUCACAUGUAGCCAGAAAUAGUAUUUCAUCUGCUGGUAGUGAUGAGAAGAAAAAAGAAAGCAUUACAGACGAUGUGAUGGAAAACUCAUUGGCAGUUUCAGAUGUACCCCAAAUACCCAUUGUCACAACUGAUGUUGCAAGAAAAAAAUGUAGGGACUUACUAGAACAUGCUUUAUUUGUGUGUGGUAGUGUCCAGAAUACUGGCCUAGUUCCUAAAUUAUUGGCGGAGGAAUUGGAAGAUGUAAUUUACCGAUUACUUAAAAACAGUACUAGUUCUUGUAAAAAGUGCUUGCAGCGGAAAGAACGAAGAGAAUACAGUAAACGCAUGGCGGAGUUGAGAAAGCAAGAAGAAGAAAAUGCAGAAAACGCACAAAAUGUUGGACAACAGCCAAUUUUGGGAGACGUUCAGCCCGAGAUUCAUCAACCUAGUGCAAAUGUGAUGAAUCUCUUGCAACGUCUCAAGCAGUUGAAUCUCUCCUACAAAGAUACAGAAGACAAAGAAAGUUCAUAAAACUUAGCCACAGGAUUCAUUCCUGAAAAAAGACUGAAUAUAGUUGUAAGGCGUAUUUUUCAAUUUAAAUAAGAUAUUGGGAUUGUUUCGAGAUAAUGAGGAUUUUUACUAACGAAAAUUUCAAUUUUCUUUAUUUUUUUUUCUGUAAUUUACUGUAUGAAUUUUUUUUAUGAUUAGCGUGAAUCAAACGGAAGCCUCCACCCAAAUACCGAUCUACAAGCCCCCCAAAAAUCUACCCCCCCCCCACCUGAAACCUAUCGGUCGUAAAUGCACCCCGGCCGGGACCUUUCCGAAUUCGAAGGUAUUCUUUAACUGUUUCACCCCUCCCCCCACCUAAAACUAUUGACAAGUGCUAUUAAAAUGCAGAGUUAAUAGAUAGGUUUAUUGAUAUGUAUUUUCUUUAGGGACCUUGCUUUUUUUUGGUUUUCAGGCGCAUAAUCAUGAUGGUGUAUAGCAGUCGGAAAUUAUUGAAAAACAAAAAUUUAGAAUAAGCCCUGUUUUUUUUAAUAGAUAUUUUUAUCAUAGUGUUAUAAUUGUCAGCUACGCUUUCUUCCUGUGUUUUUGUUUUAUAAUUUCUUUCAAAUAACAAUAAAUUGAAUUAUGAG